CCUUGUUUUCAAAUGUACGAGCGGGCAAAUGCUGUCACUGAGCACGCAAAAAUUACUGUUUACGACCAUUUAAUACGAAAUACGUGAUUUUGAUGUGAAGAGCAUUUGGUUUUUAUAAAUAAACCAACUCUAAGCACAUUUUAGUAAAGCAAAAAAAAAAAAAAGAAAUCGGCUCAUAAAACACGUCCAUGAUAAGCACAUAAAAAAGAUAUAAAAUUGUUUGUAACGCUCUUAAAGUUCCAUAUAAGAAAUAUAAAAGCCAAAAAAAAAAAAAGUUGAAGCUGCGUUUUUUUCGAAUUUGACGACAAGAUAUCAUUAUCGUUAUUUGAAAAGAGCCGUCUAACAUCAUUAGUCGAAUGUGUCUGUACAUGGGAGUGGCUGAGCAUUUGGUUGACAUAUUGACAUUUUGUGUCUGCCGAAUGAUUGAAAUGUCUAUUUUCGUAUUGAUGAUGACAUGUGGCCUAACUACACCCCUGCAGGAGGAGGAAAAUGAUGAUGCGAAGGAGGCCGGCAACAUAAUUCACUGCGGCUGAUAAUGUGAAAUGACUGCCAAUGAUGCAGCUGCGAAUCUUGACACUGAUUGUGAUGAAGAUGAAUAAAAAUAAAACAAGGACGUGUUCAAGGACACCAUGUUGGAGGAUGGCAGUACAAGAGAUUUGGGGCUAAUCAUGUGCCAAAACAAAGUUUUUUUUUUUUUUGUUUUUUUUAUACAUCAUAAUGUUCU